AUGAUCGUAUUCUACGUGACGUUCGUAUGUCUAGUAGUUCUACUUGAUGGACUCAUUCCACGCAUCAAAGAACUUUGUUUCACCGUUAACGAGAAAUCCGAUUCAUUCGCUGCAGAUGAAGUACGUCUAAUGCCACACAACCUACCACCAAUGCAAAUCGCUCAGCAAACACCAUUCUCACCUGUUCCACCAACCUCAUUCGUACCUACAUCACCGAUAGAACAAUAA